CAGGCACCAUCAACACGACACGCACCGCAAAGAGGGCAUACAAAACGAGCGGCCAUGAUUUGCUGGAGCCACAGUAAAAGUCGGCAGAUUGUUCUUGUUAGCACAGCAGUGAGGAGCAUUCGGUACGCAACAGAAAGGCAAAGGGUAGGGAUAUUCUUCUCACUUCUUGGCCCAGACACUACGUAUAUAAGAUAGCCAUUCAAGGUUUCGCCAGAUUUUGUGGAGAAAAGAGGCGUGUGUUUUGCUCGAAGCUCACGUGGCCGAGUCAUUGACAGUCACCAAGAACAAAACCCCGGAGCAAAAGCCUGGGGGGUCUUGAAUUCGCUAUCGUGCUUACUGGAAUUUCUUGGUCACUUGCUUUAAUUCCUGGUCUUGGUUUGUGGAUAUGGCAUUGACAUCAGCACCUACCUUGUCAAUUGGAUCAACUCUUUCCUUUGGCCACAAAUGUGGUUCCCUUGCUCAACCAAAGCCCUUUGGUGUCAGACUCGCAUUCCAUGCAUCUCUUGCGAGUUUCAGUGGCCUCAAGGCCACCACUUCAGUGAGCUGUGAAGCCGACUCAUCUUUCUUAGGCAAGGAAAGUGGUGUGGCCCUUCAAAACUCAGUUGCAUGUAAAGCGCAGAAACAAAGCCAGAGGUUGCAGUAUCAUCUGCAGCCACAGGCGUCUUUCAAAGUGGCAAUUCUUGGAGCAGCUGGAGGAAUAGGGCAACCAUUAUCACUUCUUAUCAAGAUGUCCCCUUUGGUCUCAGCGCUUCAUCUUUAUGAUAUUGCCAAUGUCAAAGGAGUUGCUGCUGAUUUAAGUCACUGUAAUACUCCCUCGCAAGUUCUGGACUUCACAGGAGCUUCCGAGUUACCCAAUUCCUUGAAGGGUGUGAACGUUGUGGUCAUACCUGCUGGAGUUCCAAGGAAACCGGGUAUGACCCGUGAUGACCUCUUCAACAUCAAUGCAAAUAUAGUUAAGAGCUUGGUCGAGGCUGUAGCAGAUAAUUGCCCUGAUGCCUUCAUCCACAUAAUCAGCAACCCUGUUAACUCCACCGUGCCAAUUGCAGCCGAGGUUCUGAAGCAGAAGGGUGUGUAUGACCCAAAGAAGCUCUUUGGCAUCACCACGCUGGAUGUUGUGAGGGCAAACACCUUUGUUGCUCAGAAAAAGAACCUAAAGCUCAUUGAUGUGGAUGUGCCAGUUGUAGGGGGACAUGCUGGAAUUACAAUUCUGCCUCUGCUUUCAAAGACGAGACCUUCUGUUAGUUUCACAGAUGCAGAAGUGGAAGACCUAACGGUAAGGAUCCAAAAUGCAGGGACAGAAGUGGUAGAGGCAACAGGUGCUGGAUCCUCUACUUUGUCAAUGGCAUAUGCGGCUGCUCGAUUUGUUGAGUCGUCUCUUCGUGCCUUGGAUGGAGAUGGGGAUGUGUACGAGUGUUCUUUUGUUCAGUCAGAUUUGACUGAGCUUCCAUUUUUCGCAUCCAGGGUUAAGCUUGGAAGGAAAGGGAUUGAAGCACUGAUUCCUUCUGACCUCCAAGGUUUGACCGAGUAUGAGCAGAAGGCCCUGGACGCGCUGAAGCCUGAAUUGAAGGCCAGCAUUGAGAAGGGUAUUGCAUUCGCGCAGAAGCAAGCAGUUGCUGCCUAAGUUCUAUCAGCAAAAAGCAAAUGAAGCUCUAAGUCUUAAUAUAGGUUGACUUGAGAAAUGAUGGCUGUCAAUUUUGUUAGGAGGCUUUCCCUUAAUCAUUUUGAACAAGAAAGUUUCAAGUACUUUUAGUG